AUGUCUUAUGCCUCCUCCAGGCGUUUCUCUCUGAGCUAUAACCGCCGGAGUUCUCUUGGGGGAGAGUUUGGAAGAUGGAAGGAUAUACAAAGGCGCCGGACCUCUGUAUUUCCACUCAGUCACAGGCUGUUACACCAAGCUCGCUAUCUAAGUCGGGAACUAUGUCUGGUGCUGAGCUUGGCUGGCCUAUGUGUCAUUGCUCUGCUCUCUCUGCGUGAUUCAUGGAUUCGUUUCCAAGUGCCAGUGAAUAUGUCUGACAACUUCACCUUCAUUGACAUCUUCACAUCAAUCUUUGUUCCAUGCCCAGAGACUGAAUGCAUGCUGGAGCCUGAUGAGUCACCCUAUUACCUGAAUUUCUCGGUCACCUUCAUCCUCAUUGCCACCCUCAUCAGUUUCCUUCUCUGCCUGGCCUUGGCCUACACCAUUCUCUUCUUCAGAGGCUCGGUGCCCCUCAUGGACCUCACCACCACCAUUAUCAGCUUCAGUACAGGCAUGGUUCCUAGUUCCUUAUCCUUUCGCUUCUUGCUGUUCCUGUGUGCCCUGUUCUACCUGCUUCAGGCCCGGAAUUUCCUGCAGGAGGGAAUGAGCUACACCCUGGAGAAAAACUACUACCUGCUGUGGCUAGGCAUUUUCUUCUAUAUGCUGACAGGCUUCUUUUGCUUCCUCAACUAUGUGAAUUUCUGGUCUAUAAUGGCACCCGGGGGGACCUGGAUUUAG